AUGCUCUUGACUUCGUUGCUUUUCCCCUUGCUUGCGCUGGGAAGUGCCCUCCCAGACAAGCCCAAAGAUGUAUCCACCUUCACGAACCCCGUCCUCCCAGGCUGGCACUCCGACCCAUCCUGCAUCCAAAAAGAUGGCAUCUUCCUCUGUGUGACCUCGACAUUUAUCUCCUUCCCUGGUCUGCCCGUCUAUGCCUCCAAGGACUUAGUCAAGUGGCGACUCAUUAGCCACGUCUGGAACCGCGAGAAACAACUCCCCGGUAUAAGCUGGAAGACCGUGGGUCAACAGCAGGGCAUGUACGCGCCCACCAUCCGCUAUCACAAGGGUGAAUACUACGUUAUCUGCGAGUAUCUCGGCGUGGGUGAUAUCAUCGGUGUUGUGUUCAAGACCAAGGAUCCUUGGGAUGAGAAGAGUUGGAGUGAUCCUGUUACGUUUAAGCCGACCCAUAUCGAUCCUGAUUUGUUCUGGGACGAUGAUGGCAAGGUCUAUUCCGCAACGCAUGGUAUCACGCUACAGGAACUCAACCUGGAGACCGGUGAGCUUUCACCUGAGUUGAACAUCUGGAAUGGUACUGGUGGUGUCUGGCCUGAAGGACCGCAUAUUUACAAGCGUGAUGGAUAUUACUAUCUCAUGAUCGCUGAGGGCGGUACAGCAGAGGAUCACGCUAUAACUAUUGCUCGCUCAAAGAACAUCAAGGGACCAUACGAAGCAUACAAGAACAACCCCAUCUUGACAAACCGCGGCACUGACGAGUAUUUCCAAACCGUCGGCCAUGGAGACUUGUUUCAAGAUACGAAAGGAAACUGGUGGGGUCUUUGUCUUGCGACAAGAAUUACACAAGAGGGUGUUUCGCCCAUGGGUCGCGAAGCUGUUCUGUUCAACGCGACGUGGAACAAGGGCGAGUGGCCUAAACUCCAGCCGGUUCGUGGCCGCAUGCCUGGCAACUUACUUCCCAAGCCUACGAGGAACGUUCCAGGAAAUGGUCCCUUCAACGACGAUCCUGAUAACUACAAUCUGAAGGAGACAAAGGCUAUGCCUCCUCACUUCGUUCAUCACCGUGUACCAAGAGAAGGAACAUUCAGUCUCUCCAACAAGGGCAUGCGUAUCAUCCCCAGCCGAAACAAUGUCACAGGCGUAAUCGGCGGCGACGAAAUCGAAAUCUCUGGUCAAAGAGGCAUGGCUUUUAUUGGCCGUCGCCAAACUCACACUUUGUUCAAGUUCACCCUUGGCCUGAACUUUGCUCCAACCCAAGACGAACAGGAAGCCGGUAUAACCAUCUUCCGCACCCAGGUUGACCACAUCGACCUCGGUAUAAUUCGUCAAAAGUCCGCUCUCUCCCUGCGUUUCCGCGCCGAAGGACCCAGUCCUCCAUCGCCCAAGACUGUCCCUCUGCCGAAGGGUUGGGAAAAGGGAGAUGUUUCUCUGUUCGUUGAGACUGCCAACGCGACGCAUUAUAAUCUUGGUGCGGAACGCGGAGGUAAGAAGGUGGUUGUUGCGACUGCUGAGGCUAGACUUGUUAGUUUCGGUGCUGGGCAGUUUGUGGGUAGUUUGUUGGGAGCUUAUGCGACUUGUAAUGGGAAGGGGACUGGCUUGGAUUGUCCCAAGGGUGGGGAUGUGCAUAUUACGAAGUGGAAGUAUAAGGGAGAGGCCCAGGAGAUUGAUCACGGGGUGUUUGUCAAGGCUUAG